UCGCUUGUUUGGGCUGGCGCGUGCUGGCCAAACAGGAGUCGUGCCUAUAUAGGGCUUCGCGGGCUGAUUCGGCGAACCUUCCGUAUCAGCCCCCCUGCGAUCUGCCCUGCUUGGUCGCCACAAUCCAUCGUUGCCUGUAAUCCCUCCAUACCAUCGACUGCAGCGUGCUCACCCCGACUGCCGAUUGCAUCCACUACGCUGCCAGCAUAGUCCGAUUCCGGCGCCACACCGAUCUCAACGCCUUUGUAUCCACUACCGUCAUGAUGCAGGCCGGCGACGUUUUCCAUAUGUUUGGCUUCCCCUCGUUCUGCUACGAGCCGGAGCAGCUCCCCCCACCCAUCCUCUCCCCAGCGGAGCAGGCCGAUCGCGAAUGGGAGCUCGCCACCUUCGGCGAGACCACAUACGACAUCCCCCGUUACGAGACCUUCUACCAGCGUGGUGCGCCCUCGGGCUCGCAACCGUACUCGUACGUUGAGAAAGACGAGGAAGAGAUCCCCGGUCUCACGUUCAGCAAGACGUGGGGGCUCGAGAGCCGCCGUCGCACGGCACCGACUGUGACCGACCUCCUGCGCGCCACUCGCAAAGGCCCGCUCGCCCGCCGCAGCAAGCGGAGCCCCGCGCCCUCAACGUCGGAGAACGACAGCGCGACCGGUCCUCAGCGCCCGGCGAAGCGCGUCGCGCGUCGCAGUCCCGCGCCAUAUGCGCGCAGCGACUCGGCGUCGCCCCGCCCGCGCCCCGCGCAGGACCCCGCAGAGGAGCUUGCGAACAGGAUGUCUGGGCUUGUGGGCCUGGGUCGUCCACCACGGUCCGUGAACCAGCCCGAGGACCUGGCCAGCCGCCUGCGCGACCUGCGUCUCCCGACAACCGCGUUACCCUAAUAUCGCAAUGGCCGCGCGCGUCUGCCGACCUUACCCUCGCUGCUGUUACCACCUACCACCUACGCCGUUGUCAUCAUCCCACCCACCACCACCCCCUCCGCCAAAAAUCGUCGAUCGAUCUCGUCUCAUCGCUAUGCUUUCCUCUCUUGUCUCGUUUCUAUCGCAGAGGCCCACACCC